AUGCUUCUGUCGCGAAGCAUAUCCAGAUCGAUCACGCAUCAAUCGCGAGCGUUCUGUACAAGCGCGAGAAGGGACGCGGAUUUUACGCACGCGGUGAUAGGAGGAGGCGUGGUCGGGUUGGCAAUCGCGAGGAAGCUGCAGGCAAGAGACGGCGCUUCCACCGUCCUGAUAGAAAAGCAUGGCUCCGUCGGCACGGAAACGAGUAGUAGAAAUUCAGAGGUCAUACACGCUGGCCUCUACUACGGCCACGACUCCUUGAAGACAAAGUUGUGCCUCCGCGGCAAGGAAAUGCUAUACGAACUCGGUGCUAAACACUCCAUCCCGCAUCGCAACACCGGCAAAUGGAUCGUCGCCCAGGACGCCGCGCAAAUGGAAGCCCUCCAAGGCGUGCAUGAUUUCGCCUCCAGCAUCGGCGUGCCCAUCCGCUUUAUCUCACCUGAAGAGGCCAAACGCCGCGAACCAGACGUGAGAGCAGAGGUCGGCGUGCUUGAAAGCCCGUCUACAGGGAUCGUGGACAGCCACGGAUUAAUGCAGUUCCUAGAAGGCGAUUUCACGAACCUCGGCGGCAUUUGCGCCUUCAGGAGUCCCGUCUCCGCCAUCCGACCCAUCGACUCUGGCCGCGGCGGCUGGGAGAUCACAACAACCACAUCCGACGGUGAGGAAUCCAGCGUCACGGCGGAAACGCUCAUAAACUCCGCCGGGCUGGCCGCGAUCCCGAUAUCCAAUAUGAUCCUCCCGCCUGAAAGACACCGCAAGCCUUACUACGCAAAAGGCUCCUACUUCUCCUACUCGCGCUCCCACCCAAAACCCUCCACGCUCGUCUACCCAGCCCCGGUCCCCGGCCACGGCGGCCUCGGCACGCAUCUCACGCUCGACAUGGCGGGGCGGAUCCGCUUCGGGCCCGACGUGGAGUGGACGGACGAUCCGAACGAUUAUAGCGUCAACGGUAAGAAUCUGGAGGUCGCGCUCGACGAUAUCCAGAGCUAUCUCCCCGGGAUUGAUCGCAGUGCGAUUGGGCUGGAUUAUGUGGGGAUUCGGCCGAAGCUGGGGAAGCUUGGGGCGGUGAGUAGUGCGAAGGGGUCUUUUCAGGACUUUUAUAUUAGGAGGGAGGAGGGGUUUGUGGGGUUUGUGAAUUUGUUGGGGAUUGAGAGUCCUGGGUUGACGAGUUGUUUGGCGAUUGCGGAGGAGGUGGAGGGGUUGUUGUAUCGGUGA